AUGGACCGAUUGUUUCAUGAAGGAGGGAAUUUCUUCGGAACGACGCUAGCUGGCCUCACUCCAGAUGGAGAAGAUAUUACCACCAUCACAACUACGUUGACUGCUGAUGAAGCCACAUCGCGGCCGACAGACGCUGACGGCGCCCUAGAAGCAGUGAACACAAGUGCCUCGAUUGCCAGCUCCAGCAAGCAGUCCCUAGACCCCGGCGAAUUCCGAAUCCUGAAGUUCUCGACAGUCGAGGUUACCUCGGAAUUGAGAUGCGUAACGAGUCGUGAGGAGUUGGCCAGAGCACCUGCCUAUGUUGCCCUUUCCUAUUCCUGGGGUACGGUGGAUGUGUCACACUCUAUCCAAGUGGACGAUCGCACGGUCAACGUCUCGAAAACUUUGUUUGAAGCCCUGACGAGCCUACGCAGCCAGGCCAUAUUCGAGGCAUGCGAUGGAAAUCUUUGGAUCGAUGCCCUUUCCAUCAAUCAGCAGGAUGUGGCAGAAAAGACCCAGCAGGUCCAGAUGAUGGCAAAGAUAUAUCAAAGUGCUACUAUCGUGGUCGGCUGGCUAGGUCAGAUGACCACUAGUGAUCGAAGAGGGUUCGAAACGAUUCGCAGCGUGACGGAGACGCUCAGACUGGGAGAGGUCUACGAUGGGCUCGGAAAUCACGUGAUGAAUGCUCCCGCCCUCGCGAGCACAUUCACUCUUGCCGAACGUGAGGGUAUCCCCUACGUUGGUCAUCCAGCAUGGGAAUCCGUGGCGCCGAUAUACGAGAAAAGCUGGUGGUCCAGGGUCUGGAUCAUCCAAGAGCUACUUCACGCCCAGCACUUCAUGUUCCUCUGUGGUGAAACGGUAAUAGAAGAUUACAUUCUUCAUUUUGCAGCCAACUUGGCAAGAGUACCUUUUCUCUCACAAGCAAUGCACGAGGCUCGUGGGUCUGGACUGGGAAGGUUUGCGGCAUCUUCGCUGGCGCUGUGGCGUGAGGAAUGGAUUAAGGGCCUCCGAUCAAAUAUGCUCGCAUGUCUUAUCAGGACUGUGGCUGCAAAAUCUACAGAUCCGCGCGACAAGAUCUUCGCGUUGGUAUCAUUGUGCAAUGACAUCCAACCAGAUUUCAUCAACUACGACUACGGCCUGAAAGAGGUCCUGAUUGGGUUGGCAGGUGUUCAGCUCAGGAAACGUGCACCUAACAUGGACGGACUAUCUAUUCCACAAAGUUUUGGAAGAAUAGAGGGUGUCCCUAGUUGGGUUCCAUGUUGGGCCGGUGCAACGCCAACUGGGGUGGUCGACCUGGCUAUGACACGCUUUUCUGCUCUUAAGCACGGCACUGAACUUCCACCAUGUUCGGAUGUAUUUCUCCAGGCAGUGGAAAACACUUUCAUCCUCGGCAUUCAUACGCAAAAAAUGGACGAAAUUGCAGUCGUCCUCGACACCCACGUGGAAGGCGAUGUCCCAUCAACUAAAAAUAUUGCGCGAGAUAUUUGCUCAGAUGACUACUAUGCGUGGCUCUGUGCCUUCUAUCGUCACCAAUGCCGCCAACAUCAAUUAGAGUGGGAUCUAGCCGAGCUCACCGAAGGUCUUGGGACCUACCCGACCGGUAAGCCGAUAGAAGAGGUAUAUUGGCGCAGCAAAAUAUUCGACGACCAGCGUGCCAGGUCGUCGCAGAUAAUUGCGAAACACUGUGCUCUCAGCCGCGAAGAAAUGCAGGAAACCUUUCCAAGAGUUAUCUCACUCGCAACGGAAAUAAGGGAGGGAGAGGCUUUGGGGGUGCAUUCUUCUCAACACUCUUUCCAACAGAUGCAACUCUGCAUGUCUUACGAGGACCUGGUCAGAGAUAUCCAAUUCAAGAGAAUGGCUGACUCAGACGAGUAUACUGAGCGGUCUCCGGGAGGUUUCCGCAAAUACGCGGUCACCGUGAAAGGCUAUGUAGCCUGGAUACCGCCAAAUGCAGAGAUUGGUGACGAGCUCCACAUGGUUGACGGCGCUCGAGUUCCGUACAUCCUACGACGGCUUUACGACAAGGGCGAACCUGAGGACUACAAUGUUGAGCUGGUAGGCGAUGCCUAUGUUCACGGCCUGAUGAGUGGGAACGACAUCUACAGCUCGGAUCUAUUGGAGGCCAAACAGCUUGUCCAUAUCUUCUGA